AUGGGAGCCGGCAAGUUUCGGACUGAGGCCAGUGAAAAAGUUAAUAAAUUGAACUACUGUGAAUAUAAAUUUAUUGUACCUCAAAAUGAUGAUCCACGGUGUCAUUCAGUGCUUCCAAUGGCAGACAUUUCAGACGGCGAUUCCCAGGCCGAUGUUUUCCAAGAUAGAACAGAAAGGAUCAUUAAACAACCAAAGUUUAAAAAUAUGGAACGACUGGAUUAUAAGUUAAGAGAUAUGGAAAGUCGCCUACUGGAUGAAGUCGUCAAAAAUAGGGAACUGAACUCUACUUUAGAAAGACAUGAACGAUUAUUACAGAAAGGAGAAUCUUUACUUGCCACUUAUAAAUCUAAAUUAUCUAGAGUUUUUAGAGCUAUUAUGUUAAUGGAACAAAAAUUAAAGCGUCAGAGAAAAAUCAGCCGAAAUUUAAAUCAGAAAUUAUCCAAUGUUGUUUUAGAUGUGGUUGAAGUUAACAACUAUUUAAUGAAAAGAGUACCCAAUGUUAACUUGGCUAAUGAUAAACAAAUUAUUGUGGAGAGUAUUGCUGACUCAAGAGUUUGUACGGGCUAUGACGAAAAU